CGUUUCCUGGGUGCGUUAGGAGCGUCACACAGGACAGCGUUGAAGUGGUUAGCUGGCGACGUGACCGCGAGUUUGAGAAGAUAAGUUUAGAGCAGGUUGGUUGGCAGGCGUUGUCGCGUUCUUGGAGGAGGACAAUCCAAACGAGGGAAUUUAAGUAUUUUAUAAGGACACACAGCUAACUGGAAUAACCUGUUGAUAUAAUUUGGGAUAUAGGGCAGUGCGAGCAGACGAAGGCAGCCCCGUGAGGGCAAGUGUGCUGUGGCGGUCCUGCUAGCGAAAGAUGAACAAGAACCACCGAGUGCCGAGCAACCGAACUCUGGGCGCCGUGGAGGUGAAGAGCAAGUUUGGGGCUGAAUUCCGCCGGUUCUCCCUGGACCGGUCUAAGCCGGGCCGGUUUGAUGAGUUCUAUAGGCUCCUACAGCACAUGCACCGGAUCCCAAACGUGGACCUGCUGGUGGGCUACGCUGACGUCCACGGUGACCUGCUGCCAAUCAACAACGAUGACAACUACCGCAAAGCCAUCUCUGUGGCUGAUCCCGUGCUACGCCUCUUCCUGCAGAGGAAAGAGGAAGCCGACUACUCUGCGUUUGGUCUGGACUCUCUGACCCGUCCCAAGAAGACGGUCCUAGCGGCCAUGUUGCUACGGCCUGAUGCCAACCGGAAGAAGCCCCUUGUGAUCAUCAGCCUGCCCAGGGAUUUCAGGCCCGUCUCCUCCAUCAUUGAUGUGGAUAUCCUCCCUGAGACACACCGCCGGGUUCGCCUCUACAAGCAUGGCCAGGAGAAACCGCUGGGCUUCUACAUCCGAGACGGCUCCAGCGUCCGGGUCACGCCCCAGGGCCUGGAGAAGGUUCCUGGGAUCUUCAUCUCCCGCAUGGUGCCUGGGGGCCUGGCUGAGAGCACUGGCCUGCUGGCUGUCAACGACGAGGUCCUGGAGGUCAACGGCAUCGAGGUGCAAGGCAAGUCUCUGGACCAGGUGACAGACAUGAUGAUCGCCAACAGCCACAACCUCAUCGUGACGGUGAAACCGGCCAACCAGCGCAACAACAUCGUAAGGAGUGGCGGAGGGGGCGGGGCAGCGUCCGGGAGCUCUGGGCACUCGUCCGACAGCGGCACCAGUUUCUACGGCUACUCCUCCCCGGGCACUGCCGUGGCGACGACUCCGGCACACAUCAUCCAGAACUUCCAUCCAGAGGAGCUGGAGAGUGAUGAGGAUGAUGAGGACCUGGUGAUAGAGGUGGACGGAGAGGCCAUGCCCAUCCCACGGACCUCCUCGGCCAGCUGUACCAUACCCUUCAUUCCUCGCUACGUGCCCCAUCUGGACCUCCGCACCACCAACGGAGCCCUGGCCUCCCACAACCGCUCCGGCUCACUGGGCACGCUCAGCACUGCCGACAGGGGCCUGGAGGGAAGGAGCUUAGAGGAGGAAGGCACCGUCAUUACACUGUAAACACACGCUGUUGUAGUUGCACAGUAUUUACGGGAACGCAAACACAUAGUCUUACAUACACUGAAGCGCACCCUCAUGCAUACACAAAGAACGACAACAUCCACACAUGCGUGCCAUAGUAUCGACACCGCCCUCCCUAUGCUGUCUGACAGACACAUUGAUUACCAUGGUGUUUUGUGUGGAGGAGGAAAGUGACUCUGCCUCGGAGAAAGGCCUCCGACUUCUCAUUGACAACCAUAAAAAGCACUUGUUUCUAUUUUGUGAGGUGGAGACUGUGUUUCUAUGGUCUUCCACUUGAGGGCAGCAAUGAGAUGCUACACUGUUGUUUUUUCAAUUUUGUGAACCAUAGGAAAAUACUGAUUUUAAUGACUGAACAAAAUGAAUGGAUGAAUGAAUGAUUGCAGAUGUCUUUAGGUUCUGACCUUUCCCUAGCUAUUCUACCCUGGUUUGUUUGAUAGAGGAAACUACAUUUCACAAUCUGCAUUUGCCUUGUCACUUUGCAAAUGACAACAACCACUCCCCUAGGCGAUUACAGCUUGUGAUUUGGGAACAAAAGUAAUGGCUUCUAUCCUACAUGUUACCAUACUAACUAACAAAGAGUAGAGGUCUGCAAUAAUACUCAGAUUUUAGUCUGAGGAGAAACAAUAUAUAUAUGGGUCUCUCUUCAUGGACCUGGACAUGAUUAACCACUAUUCCUGUGUUCUCUCCCCAAGCUUUUAAUGUUGAUAAUCAUGAGAGAAAAAACUAGAAGCAAUUUAUGCGAAGCAACUGAACUUACAAAAUCUCUCCAACAUGGUUAGAACUAUAAUUUUGUUAUCAUGGAUUGUCAUUCCUUGUAUCCGUAGAUCUGUCUAUGGGUUUAAAAGUGGUUUCAUUUCUCUAAACCCCAUCCUUCAGCCAUCUACCAAGAUAGUGGCGGGGAGUCAGUUUUGUUUGAACCGCAGAUUGCCGCUUUAAAUAUUUUCAUGCUAUUUCUUUUACUGUUUUAUUUCAAUCUAAACUGGUUCACUGUAUGAUUUUUUUUAUUUAGUUGAAAAUAAGUAUCUCAAUUGACCGUCACGGACCAACACCUCAUCUGACAGGUGUGCUGUCACUGCCUGGAUGAAGAUCGGUCUUAUUUUUCAUCGAACUUCUCUUUCCUCACGACAAGGGCUAUUUCCCCACUUCGUGUACAUAGUGUGACAGAAUGUGAUUGUAAAUGUGAUUCUCUGAGAACUAUGACGCUUCACUCAUCUCAGCAUGUUCUCUCUCUCUAUCGCUGGCUCUCAUCUGUCUGGUUUGGGAGGAUGUAUCUUUAACAACAGAUGGUGGCUUUCCUAGUUUUCCAUCUCUGAGUUCACUUGGAUGUGGCCUGAAUCAUUCACAUUUGAAGAGUGUCCUCACUUCAUGUACAGUAUUUAUUCACUAUUUCAUUGUAUAUUUUUUUGGAGUAACCCUCAAUCCGAUCUUCAACAGAAUGUGAUACUGGUAUAGAUGAAUAGUUGGACCGUGACACUGAGUACGACACAGAUGUUACGUAACUUAGAGCUAGGACACUAAUGAACCCAGCGAGGAUGGAUGGGACUGUUAUAGAACCCUGUCUGCAGGAAGAAGUUAGAUUAUUUUGUCUUGCACACGCUCUCACACAUACCGUCUCUGUGUUUGAGUAAGGUGGAGUUUGUCUAGUGCUAUGCAUUAUGACUUGUAUCAGGUGAGUACAGGUCUAUUCCCACUUGUUCCUGGUCACAUGAUAUCACCUGAUGACUGUACCUACCUGUUCAGGAAGGUCAACACCAGCAAGUUCAUUAGAAUGUCAGGAGUGUAGAGCCAACAGACUUCCCCAAAACACUAGACAGGAUAGUACUGCACUGCAGAACAUCCUCAUUCCAAUAGAUUGUCGUUUUAUUCUGUGUGUUUAGUUGCCAGGGAGCUGUUGUGAAGUAUAAUGGGAAUUUAGACUAAGUCUGUACUCAGCAUGUAAACAUUAAUAGAAGCUAACAGACUCUACUGAGAGCAGAUAGUCCAUUUCUCCUAUUGCUUUUUGCAAUACUCUGAUGGGGAAGAAAAAUGUACUGGGAACAGUUGCCUCACUCACCCCCCUCUCCCCUCAGUCUGACUGCAAUGGGUCUUACCUGCAGAAAUACCUGAUGAGAAUCAGAAACACUGGAUCACUGUAAUCAGACAUGCCAUCUACCCAGAGUAGGGUAUCAUGGGAACUCAACUCCCCUCUCCCUAUCAGACAUGCCAUCUACUCAGAGUAGGGUAUCAUGGGAACUCAACUCCCCCUCCUUUUCAUACUGUGAGGUACAGUACUACUCUAUUCUCUGUUUUGGUACAGGGUGUAGAAGAGUUGGGAUUGCUUUCUCUCUCUCCCUCUCAUUCCAAACAGUUCUGGAACAUUCACGGCACGAUGAGUCACAUUUUAGAAUGGACUUUAUUUUAUUUUAUAUAUGUUAAUUUAUUAUUGUUUUAACUACACAGGACAUGGGGAUCAUAACCACAACAACUAUUUAUUUUAUAAUCACGUUUCAGUAUAUUCCUUUUCAUUGCUAAGUCAGUAAACAUUUUAAUGCGUUAUUACUGAUCCACUGUGUUAAUUAAUGGUUUCAUUUCAUUUUCUAAUCUGUUCCUUUUUUCUUCUUUUUUUAAGUGAUUUUGUGUUUGUUUUUUUCUGUACAAGCAGCUUCUAGAGGUGUAGAUUAUGACACUUUUCCUGUACUGUGAAUUCCUCUAUUCCUGGGAGAGACCUGCAUGUUUCAGAGAACACUAAACAGGCUUCGGAAUUUGUUUUGUGUCUGUACCUUUGUUUUGACAGAUAAUGAGCAAUGACUUUUGUUUGUCAGAUAAAUCAAGGUAUAGAUUUGUACUGAAAAUUGUCAGUAUUUUCUUAUUGAUAGUAUAUGAUGUACAUUUUUAUCACAUUUUAAUGAAAAAGUAAUAAAGAAAUGUAUGAAUUUA